AUUCUCUUUCUUGUCUCUCUAAAUUUAUAUUUAUUCAUGUGACUGCAACAAGAAACUUUUUCACAACCUUCCCCAAAUUCCAAUUUUCAACAAUUCUUCAACCAAGACAAACCCAUCAUUCCAUUCUUCAAAAUCUCCAUCUUUUUCCUUCCAUUUUUGCUACCAUUUUUUGCUACAAAAACACCAAAAAGAUGAAGAAGGUAAAGCUUGAACUGUUCACACUCCCCAAUAGACUCACACUGAUUCAAAUUUUCAUGGUGAUGAUGAUUCUCUAUAUGCUUUUCAUGAGCUUUGAAAUACCCUUAGCUUUCAAAGCAGGUUUUGGUUCAGAAACUGUUGCUAUUGGUUUUCUCACCGACGCAAUGCCACUUUUGGCAGAACAAAACCAACAAAAAAUUCGACCCUUUAGGCUACCAUUGAAGAAAGUUUCAACCUUGAGCUUCAACAAGAGCUUUGAAGGUGUAUCAGAGCUUCACAAGGUAGCAAAACAUGCUUACAUUUCAGGGAAGAAAUUAUGGGAAGAAGUUGAAAGUGGUAAAGUUAAAAGCUUUUUAACUUCUAAGGUUGAAAACGGUUCAGAUUCUUGUCUAAAUUCAGUUUCAGUUUCUGGGUUUGAGUUUAGGGAAAAGUUGAAAGGGGUUAUGGUUUUGCCUUGUGGGUUGACACUUUGGUCUCAUGUUACUGUUGUUGGGACACCACGUUGGGCUCAUGGUGAGAGUGAUUCAAAGAUUGGGGUUGUUCAAGAUCGCGAUGAAGCGGUUUUGGUUUCGCAGUUUAUGAUGGAGUUACAAGGUUUGAAAGCUGUUGAUAAUGAAGAACCACCUAGGAUAUUGCAUUUUAAUCCUAGGCUUAAAGGGGAUUGGAGUGGGAAGCCUGUUAUUGAACAGAAUACUUGUUAUAGGAUGCAAUGGGGGACUGCCCUUAGGUGUGAGGGAUGGAAGUCUAGAGCUGAUGAGGAAACUGUUGAUGGACAGGUGAAAUGUGAGAAAUGGAUUCACGAUGAUGAUAAUCGAUCGGAAGAGUGGAAGGCGACAUGGUGGUUGAACAGACUGAUGGGGCGAAAAAAGGUUGUGCCCAUAGACUGGCCAUAUCCUUUUGCUGAGGGGAAAUUAUUUGUUCUCACCAUAAGUGCUGGCUUGGAAGGUUACCAUGUUACUGUGGAUGGGAGGCACGUGACGUCCUUUCCGUAUCGCACAGGCUUUGCUCUUGAGGAUGCUACUGGACUAUCCAUAAACGGGGACGUCGACGUGCACAAUAUAUAUGCUGCUUCAUUACCUACAUCACAUCCUAGCUUUGCUCCGCAGAUGCAUCUUGAAUUGCUUCCUCAGUGGAAGGCUCCACCUAUGCUCGGUGUGAAUGUAGAGCUUUUCAUUGGUAUCCUUUCCGCUGGCAACCAUUUUGCCGAACGUAUGGCAGUGAGAAAGUCGUGGAUGCAACAUAAGCUAAUCAAAUCCUCACAUGUUGUCGCUCGGUUUUUCGUAGCAUUGCAUGGAAGGAAAGAUAUAAAUGUGGAAAUAAAGAAAGAAGCCGAGUAUUUUGGUGAUAUUAUUAUAGUUCCGUACAUGGAUCAUUAUGACCUUGUUGUUUUGAAGACCAUAGCUAUAUGUGAAUACGGGAUUCGCACGGUGGCUGCUAAGUAUAUCAUGAAGUGUGAUGAUGACACAUUUGUUAGAGUGGAUUCUGUCAUAAGCGAAGCAAGACAAGUUCAAAGUGGUAAAAGCCUUUAUAUGGGAAAUAUGAAUUACCACCACAAGCCUCUUCGCAACGGAAAAUGGGCUGUAACUUACGAGGAAUGGGUAGAGGAUGAGUAUCCUACCUACGCUAAUGGUCCGGGUUACAUCGUCUCAUCUGACAUUGCUCGGUUCAUUGUAUCUGAAUUUGAACGGCAAAAAUUAAAAUUAUUUAAAAUGGAAGAUGUGAGCAUGGGAAUGUGGGUAGAGCAAUUCAACAGCUCAAGAGAAGUGGAGUAUGUACACAGCUUUAAGUUCUGCCAAUUCGGAUGCAUUGAAGAUUACUACACUGCGCAUUACCAAUCUCCGAGACAAAUGACAUGCAUGUGGGAUAAAUUGCAACAUCAAGGUAAACCACUUUGUUGCAACAUGAGAUGACAAAUAUAGAAGAACCACAGCUAGGAAAAGUUAAACUGUCCCAAUAAUGUUUAUUUAUGUAAAUACGCCUUCUUCGGAAGGGGUUUUGGCUCAACAUAUCGGUUCGUUGUUUUCGCCCUUAUUUGAACCAUACUCUCACCUAAAAGAAUAGAAUAGAUAGCAUAGGCAUGUUAUAUAUAUUGAGGAAGGGAGAGGGGGAGAGUGAAAGUUGGCUACUACAGCGGUCGUUGAAGGAACAAACCGAUGGUUUGUAAAUUUGUAGUGUAGACUGUAGAGUAAACCGGGGUAAAAGUGGAAUAAAAUUAAUUUUCUUUUUCGACUUCA